GUUCCCCUCUCUUGGACCUGAGUGGAGCGACAAAAAUAAUUUUUGGUCCCGUAGCCCUCUUUUUUUAUUUCUCUUUUCAUACGCACCAUCUACGCUCCUUUCUCAUCAUCCACCAUAAACCAUGGGUGCCAAUAUGUCCAAGGCUCUCGCCAAACUCUUUGGCAGCAAAGAAAUGCGUAUUCUAAUGCUUGGCUUGGAUGCCGCCGGCAAAACCACUAUCCUUUACAAACUCAAACUUAAUCAGUCCGUUACCACCAUUCCCACCGUCGGUUUCAACGUCGAAUCUGUCACUUACAAAAAUGUGAAAUUUAACGUUUGGGAUGUGGGUGGUCAAGACAAAAUCCGCAAUCUGUGGAGACACUACUACACGGGCACGCAAGGCUUAAUCUUUGUGAUUGAUUCCCAAGACCGCGAUCGUAUUGAUGAGGCACGUCAGGAACUGCAUCGCAUCAUCUCGGAUCGAGAAAUGAAGGAAUGUCUAUUGCUGGUGUUUGCAAAUAAACAGGAUUUGCCUGGAGCAAUGUCGCCUGCGGAAGUGACGGAAAAGCUUGGAUUGAACAAGAUGCGUGAUCGAGCGUGGUAUGUGCAUCCCUCGUGUGCUACGACAGGCGAUGGGUUAUUUGAGGGAUUGAACUGGCUGAGCCAAAAUGUGAAAACCAAAUAACCAUCACAACACACACGCACACACACACACACACACAUACUUCGCUAGCUUUUCCAUGAAUGAUCCUGCAAAAUCGGCCUUGAUCUGUUUCCUUGUAGAUCCUUUAUUCCUCGUUUCCUCCCUUUUUUUUCUUGUUAUUUUCUUCUUUUAAUAUCCUUUGCA